AUGGCAGAUAGUGCGGCGAUCAUUCACUGCGCUGCGUCACUCCAAGGCAACUUGGACCUAUCGAUGACAGACUCAAAACCCUCUGCAAACGUGUUACCCAAUGGGAUUUGCGCCAUAACCGCAGCUCAGCACCAGAGUCUCCUGGCUUUGUAUAGCCGCAUUCAAGACAUCGACCUGUCCAAACGAGCCGCACGCAUGAGCGAAGCGAGAGUACCCCCGCGUUCAAUGGAGCCUCAUCACUUGUUGGUCUCGACACUUGAAAAAGAAUGCCAACUUCUGUACGAGAGGCAGACUUUCCAAGUCAAAUGUCAAACGGCAAUAUCUCAAGUCUUCUUCGCCCUCAGGAACAUCAGAGACAGUUUGAUCAAAAUACUUGAUACUGCAACCUACGGCAAGGGUUAUGUGCCAGGCACAGCAUCUACAGAGUGGAGAUGGGACAAACUUCAAGACCCGGCAGCAUCAGUAUCUGAUACUCUGAGCAGAAUAUUGGAGGCCAAAGGCCAUGAUUGCAAAGUUCUGCAGCAGUGGCUAAGAGUCCAUGGAUUUGAACCAACAUCUAUCUUCAUGGGAAUUGUGGUGGAAAGACUCCUCCUUCCAGUCGGCAAGGCACACCAACUCCUGUUCUGUGAUGAGAAACGUUUUCAACCUAGUUCACAAGAUGAAGUGCGCGCAACACUCUACAAUGGACGUGUGAGGUUGAGAACACUGGAUUCCGACGACGCCAUUCCCUCGAGCAAAUUGGACAGAAGUACCGAUGGUGCUGAGCUGGAGAAAUGUGAGAUCAAAACAGAGACGCAGCAGCGUCGCGAGAUGACAGACCGUCUUGAAGAAGUUAGACAAAGUACCAGCACGAAAGACGGACUUUCCAACUUUGACGCCGACAUUGGCCAACUUUCAAGGACUGCUGUAUGGUUCCAACUCAGCUACAAAAACGAGUUGCGGAACACAGUAACAGAGACAUCCGUCGCUCUUGCGAGAAUCAAGGAGAUUUUUGGCAAGUACCAGAAUGGAGAGGUGGAUAUAUGGGCGACUGAACGGCCACAGGAACAUCCUCAGUGGGUGGACGCCAUAUUCACCGAGCUUGUUGCCAGCGUCCACACAGUGUCGGAGGUGAGAAAGCUCGCCACCAAUCUAUUCGUCCUGUUAGCUUGGGAAAGCUGCUGCGAAUUGUUAAGAGCAGAAGCCUUCAUUCAAGCUCUGGUGAACGAGUUGGACGCAGAUUUUGAAUGUAGCUUUCCCUACGGCGACGUGAAAGCCGAAUGAUCUGGGAAGUAUCAGCCAAUACUCGUGCGCGAGUUAGUUAGAGGACCAGAAAGGAAAGGACCAAGCUCUUG